AUGCCGCUCGCCGCCGUAGACUCGCACCACGGCGGCGGCAGCAGCAGCAGCAACCGAAACGCCGGCGCAACCUCCGAUGACGAUCCCACAACGGCUGCGGCGCCGAUGGCGGUGGCUCACGGCAAGCGGCCCGAGUCAUCGCCAGUAGCUGCUGCUCCUGCCGCCGACCACGACCGCGACUCUGCCGAUACUGCCGCUGCCGCUGGCGCGACAACCUCAACGGCCGCGCCUCGAAUUAAUGCUGUUCACGAUUAUGCGCCUUUGUCUUCUACCAAACCCGCUACGCCGCCUUCGAUACACUCCUCCACCUCCAACGCCUCCGCGUCGCGCGCCGCCGCUCUCCUAUCCCGCCUCAACCUCCCCUCCUUUACCAUACGCUCCCGCAAUCGCAACGUUGUCGACUUUCACAUCCGUCCCGACGAGCCGCACAAGACCUACAGCGCCGGCGACACCGUCCGCGGCCACGUCAACGUUGCCGUCAUCAAGCCCAUUCGCAUCACCCAUCUCGUCGUCGCCCUCCACGGCUACAUUCACGUUUUCAAAGACGCCUCCGCCAAGGCCAAGGCUAGUGGCUCCCCCGUACCGCCGCGCGGCGGCGUAUCUCAGCUCCCGCAGUACCAUGGCAACGGCCUCGCUAGCCUCUUCCAAGAUGAGCAAGUUCUCGCUGGCGAGGGUCGGCUCGAGGCGGGGCGCUACGAAUUUGGCUUUGAGCUCAUAUUUCCCGACAUUGGCCUUCCCAGUAGCAUCGAUUUUGAACGAGGCACCGUGUCGUACAUGAUUACAGCCACGCUGACGCGACCGACGGCCAUUGCACCCACAGUGUCCUGCGACAAGCGUGUUUUGCUUCUCGAAAAGAUUGACAUUGGGCAUCUACCGCCCCCGCGAUCUCGAACGAUAUUUCUCGAACCCAUUUCGAAACGAACGCGCCGAAAACGGUCCGCCGUACUCGACAAGGCACCCGCUCCCAUUCCAGAACCGCCCUCGACGGGCGUGCCAAACGAUCAUGCCUCGGAAGCAGGCUCAGUAGAACGGACCGCUGCCACUUCUGACUCGGCACGCGACGCUUCGCAUCCUGAAAACAAUCGCGGGCCCACUCAGAUUGAUGUAAGAAGCGAAGUCAGCGGCGAAAGCGCUCGCAGUAUUAGUACCGCUGUUAGUCGCAGCGACGUCACGCCACUGUCUCACGUAUCCGCAUUCAAGUCGCCCUCGAAGCAAAAAAUCGUCGACAACAAGACCAUUACCGCCACCAUUGAAUUGCUCAAGGGCGGGUGUUUGGCUGGUGAUAUGGUUUCUGUUCGUGUAUCGGUGCAGCAUAUCAAGCGCUUAAAGAGCCUGACGGGUGUGAUUGUGACCUUGUUUCGCCAGAGCAAAAUCGACUCUGCACCAGCUGCAUCGCUCUUCUCCGGAAACGACCUCGAAGCCAUUGGCGACGAUGGAUAUCCCAGGUCAAGAACAGGACUGGCCGGUUUGUCUCUGUCGUCAACAAGUUCGACGAGCAUGUUUCGCAAAGACUUGGAUCAAAACACGGCACCACUCAUAAUCGAUCCUUCAUCGCUGCAUGCGUCGGUCACAUGCUCGCUGAAGCUUCCUGACGAUGCAUUUCCUACGAUACGAGGUGUACCCGGCGCCAUGGUGAGCUUUCGCUACCAUAUUGAAGUAAUUGUCGACUUGGGUGGCAAGCUCUCUAGCCAGAUGCUCCAAGGCGGCCAACAAUCAACCACCCGCUUAGGCCAGUACAUGACUUCUGGCCAAGACAGUGCCUAUGGGCCUCGCGUGGCUACAAAUAUUAUCGACACUACUCCGCUCCGCCGCCAAAAAGGUGUCGUAUCGGUGUCUAUGGAGACGGUCGUAGGCACCGUUGACAGCUCUCGCCGGCGGAAGCCUCUCCGGAUCUCACCCCGCCAUUCCACCCCGCGCGUGCCCGAAAGCGACGAGGACGAUUCCAUCCGCGCCGAAUUGAAUGAACGCCCAGUGCUCACAGCCUCUCCCGCCACAUACACCACACCACUUGCGGGCGACCGCCACUACGCCUCACAGCCGCCAUUAUCACACUCCUCCCGUACCAACUCUAGCUCUGCGGGACCGUCCCAGCCCGACUACCACGCGCACAGCCAGCUCAAUGGGUACUCGCGCGAGGCCGCCCCCGCGUACAUUCCGCAGCCGCAGUUGCCUGAUUCCCGCACCAUGUCGGAAAAGGAACGCAUACAGCAGGCGGAAACACGCCUACUACCAAGCCAGCCCCCCGCAGCCGGCCCGUCGUCGGCUCCAGCCUCGGCGCCCGCCGGUGAUGGCGACGACAACAUUUACGACGCGCAGGAGCCGUCGCCGCGUCAACCACAACCCUCUGCGGGGCCCUCUGCGCCGACCGAAGACGAGGCGGCCGCAGGACCGUCGGCCCCGAGCGAGGAGGACCUCAACGGCACGGCGGCCUACCCGGCCGAGGACAAGCAGGAGCUCGAGCGCCAGCGCCUCAUCAUCGAAGCGAGUGCGCCGCCUGAAUUUCCCGAGGACAUGGAGCGGCCUGGCGAUGCGAGCGCGCCGACCGAAGCGAAUUCGGAGCCUAGCGCGCCCGUGCUCGACGAGGACGAGGAGGAGCUGGCGGGUUACGGUGUUGGCGCCGGUUACGGUGUUGGAGCCGGUUCAUCGUCAUCGGCCGGUCAGUCGGGCAGCAGCGGGCAAAGACCAACCGGCGAGCAGCUGCCAGCGUACCAGCGGUGA